AUGAAUAUAACAAUACGGAGUAUUUUCCUACCAUUAUUUGGUAUUUCCUUAAUGUUUUUUAUGAUAUGUCUCUUCUGGAAAAGAAUCUACCGUCAUCGUCCACCUAUUCUUCCAUAUCAAAAUUCACAAAUAGCUUUUAUAACUCAAACAAAUUGGUCAUCACAACCUACUGAACAACCACCACCUUCUUAUUAUUCUAUAAUGAAUAGUACAACAGUGUCAUCAUUUAUUAAAUAG